AUGGCCACCGGCGGCCGCAGCAGCCAGCCGCCGACGCCGGGCCACACGCCGCUGUCCGACGACCUCGUGCGCGUCGCCUUUGAGGACGACGCCGACGUCACCCUCAACGGCAAGGAGCACAGCCUGCCGCUGUCGGCCGAGGCACACCCGUCGCCUCCCUCGCCCGUGGACGCCGCCACCGAGGACGUCGCUGGCCCGCGCAAGCGACGCCGCGUCGACAGCAAUGGGACAGCCGCCGCCGCCGCCGUGGACGAGCAGUGGGUCAUCUCGGCGGGCCACUGGCGGCUGCGCAUCCGCGGCGCGCAGGGCGGCAAGAGCAGCGUCGAGGCCGUGCUCGUGCCGGUCAAGCUGGAGGCGUAUAGCAGUGAGAGGUCGCGGAAUGCCAAGAGGGGUUUCCUCCGGCGGUGA